AUGAUUCUAGUCUAAUUAUCAUUUUAUAAAACAACUUCUAAUUAGAUUAGUUUUAUUAAUGAUAAUAUAAUAAAAUAUAUAGCAAUUAUUCCCUAACUUAUAGGAAUAAUCUUACAAGACUCUUAGUCUAACAAAUUAAAACGAAGUUUCCAAUCCCUGAUUAAAUCAAUGCUGUUCAAUUUCCUACUCAGUAAAAUGUAAUUGAAUUCUUUUAGAAUUACAACCCAAUCAUUUUAGAUUUUACUCACAUUUAAGAUGUUAAGAUUAAACUAUACAAAAAUGCAGCAUUCUAUGGAACCUUGGUUGAUGGUUUGAGACAAGGAUAAGGCAUUUUAAUAAAAUCAACAUUACAACUGUAUGAAGGUUCUUUUGUCAGAGACAAGAAGGAUGGAAUAGGAUUUGAAUUGCUGAAAUAAAUUCAAUUUUACUAUGGUACUUACCUUAAUGGGUUACCACAUGGAGAAGGAGUGUUCUGGUCAAAAAACUAGAAGUAUAUUGGUUAAUGGCAUUAAGGGAAGAAAGUAUUAUACAAUCUCUAUUAUCAAAGCUUGGAAUUGGAUGGUAUCAAGGGACUCAUUCCGAUUAUUAUCUUGGGCAAUGGGAAAAUGGAAGAUGUUUUGGACUUUGCAUCUAUAUUAAUGGAGACAUGUAUAACUGACUAAUAAUUUUAGAUAUGAAGGUUAUUUUACUAAUGAUCUCAAACAUGGUAAUGGUUAAGAGUAUUUUGAAAAUGGAGAUUACUUUGUAGGAGAAUAUAGAAAUGGGAAACCUAAUGGUCCUGGAGAAUUUCAUUGGAAUAAGAAUUUGUCAAUGGUUAAAGAAAUGGUUAUGGAAUGUGGGAGAGUAAAACACAAGAAAGUGUAAAUAUAUAUAAAGGUUAAUAUGCUAAUGAUAAAAAAAGUGGAUAAGGAGUAUUUGAAUAUGCUAAUGGAACUAAAUAUGAAGGGCAUUUUGUAGAUGACAAGAGAUGUGGAUAUGGUGAGAUUACAUGGUAAGACAAGGCUACUUACAAGGGUUAUUGGGUGGAUGGAUUAAUAGAGGGAGAAGGAAUAUAUGAAUAUGACACAUUAGUAUUGAAGGGUAAUUGGAGAGGCAAUUAAUUUUAAACUAUUGACAAAGUGA